AUGCAGGGACGAGAGACAAGUGGCCCAGAGCACCAGGAAGACCAGAGAAGAUGCAGGGACGAGAGAAAAAUGGCCCAGAGCACCAGGAAGACCAGAGAAGAUGCAGGGACGAGAAACAAGUGGCCCAGAGCACCAGGAAGACCAGAGAAGAUGCAGGGACGGAGACAAGUGGCCCAGAGCACCAGGAAGACCAGAGAAGAUGCAGGGACGAGAGACAAGUGGCCCAGAGCACCAGGAAGACCAGAGAAGAUGCAGGGACGAGAGACAAGUGGCCCAGAGCACCAGGAAGACCAGAGAAGAUGCAGGGAAGACAAUGGCCCAGAGCACCAGGAAGACCAGAGAAGAUGCAGGGACGUGGCCCAGAGCACCAGGAAGACCAGAGAAGAUGCAGGGACGAGAGACAAGUGGCCCAGAGCACCAGGAAGACCAGAGAAGAUGCAGGGACGAGAGACAAGUGGCCCAGAGCACCAGGAAGACCAGAGAAGAUGCAGGGACGAGAGACAAGUGGCCCAGAGCACCAGGAAGACCAGAGAAGAUGCAGGGACGAGAGACAAGUGGCCCAGAGCACCAGGAAGACCAGAGAAGAUGCAGGGACGAGAGACAAGUGGCCCAGAGCACCAGGAAGACCAGAGAAGAUGCAGGGACGAGAAACAAGUGGCCCAGAGCACCAGGAAGACCAGAGAAGAUGCAGGGACGAGAGACAAGUGGCCCAGAGCACCAGGAAGACCAGAGAAGAUGCAGGGACGAGAGACAAGUGGCCCAGAGCACCAGGAAGACCAGAGAAGAUGCAGGGACGAAAGACAAGUGGCCCAGAGCAACAGGAAGACCAGAGAAGAUGGAGGAUUUCAAUCACAAACAUCACCAUGA